CCACAAGGCUCCGCGGGGCCGCACGAGGCUAGUUGCUAAGCAGGGGGAACCUUUGGUCAACUGCCACCUGGGCCAAGGCAACAGGAAUUCCUGGAAUGGAGACCGCGAGAGUCAUCGCAGCCACGGGACGGGAUGGGUCUGGCCGACAGGCCUCAGGGAUCACACCUCGAUCUAAACAAACUUAAGCGAGGAGAGUAAUGGACCCUGCCGCCAGCCCCGACAGGCUAUGAGGGCCCACGGGGCGACGCGUUAGGUUCCUUGUGACUUUUCCUACCGUUCAGUCCUCAGAGUCGUUGCUACCCCGAGGACUCCGCCAUGCCUCACAUCGACAACGAUGUGAAACUGGACUUCAAGGAUGUCCUGUUGAGGCCCAAACGCAGCACCCUUAAGUCUCGAAGCGAGGUGGAUCUCACAAGAUCCUUUUCCUUUCGGAACUCAAAGCAGAUGUACACUGGAGUCCCCAUCAUCGCGGCCAAUAUGGAUACCGUGGGCACCUUUGAGAUGGCCAAGGUUCUCUGUAAGUUCUCCCUCUUCACUGCCGUCCAUAAGCACUACAGGCUCGAUCAGUGGCAAGAGUUUGCUAGCCAGAAUCCCGACUGUCUUGAGUAUCUGGCUGCCAGCUCAGGCACAGGCUCUUCGGACUUUGAGCAGCUGGAACAGAUCCUGGAAGCUAUUCCCCAGGUGAAAUAUAUCUGCCUGGAUGUGGCCAAUGGCUACUCUGAACACUUCGUUGAAUUUGUGAAGGACGUACGGAAGUGCUUCCCCCAACACACCAUCAUGGCGGGGAAUGUAGUAACAGGAGAGAUGGUGGAAGAACUAAUCCUCUCUGGGGCUGAUAUCAUCAAAGUAGGAAUUGGGCCAGGUUCUGUGUGUACUACCCGGAAGAAAACUGGAGUAGGCUAUCCCCAGCUCAGUGCAGUGAUGGAGUGUGCAGAUGCUGCUCACGGCCUCAAAGGCCACAUCAUCUCAGAUGGAGGCUGCAGCUGUCCUGGAGAUGUGGCCAAGGCUUUCGGAGCAGGGGCUGAUUUUGUGAUGCUGGGCGGCAUGCUGGCUGGGCACAGCGAGUCAGGGGGUGAGCUCAUCGAGAGGGAUGGCAAGAAGUACAAGCUCUUCUACGGCAUGAGCUCCGAAAUGGCCAUGAAGAAGUAUGCCGGGGGUGUGGCUGAAUACAGGGCCUCAGAGGGAAAGACAGUGGAAGUCCCCUUUAAAGGGGAUGUGGAACAUACCAUCCGAGACAUCUUAGGAGGGAUCCGCUCAACGUGUACCUACGUGGGAGCAGCCAAGCUGAAGGAGUUGAGCCGGAGAACUACCUUCAUCCGAGUCACCCAGCAGAUGAAUCCUAUCUUCAGUGAUGAACACUAGACCUGAGCACCUCUGGUCUGCCAGGGCACUGGCGCUCUACCAGGGGCCUCCCAGGUCAACUCCUUCCCGAUCCCAGCUGCUGUGGCUAUGUAUUAACCUGUCAUUUCCUAGCAUCUUGCUCCUGAGGGCUCCUGUGGUAACUAGACUUCUCUCUGCACACAUGAAAUACCCAGGGCACUCAACACUGGGGAGGAAGCAAGGAAGAAGACAGUCUGAGAAAAUGAAGUCAGAUAAUCAAAUGGGAAUCUGGGGACCCAGCAUCCUCAAGAUUACUAAAAAGAACUGACACUGACUGAUACAUGAAUGUUUUAUAUGGCCUUGGUCUGGCAGAGGCAGGCUUUCAGAAUCAUGUCAUGUUAAUGAGCUUCAUUAAAUGGGACCUUCGCAUAUCUAAAACACAGAAGUGUUUACAUAUUUGAAAUACCUCAAUAAAGAGACCCCAUCAACUGCA